GUGGUAUCGUUAAUCGAUACACUACACGUGAUUACCAUUUUCACUCUUACAUGCAAUUACCAAAAUCCCACCACCACCUUCCGCCGUUGCCUACUCCUUUCCUUCGGCUUCGCAAACUUCAAAUAUUUCAAUUGGGUGAUGGCGGCUUACGGUGCUGCGAUUUCUCUCAGGGAUACCAUUCAGACUAUUCUACAAUCGUCUCGCAUCACGCUGGCUCCUCCCUCUCCACAAAUCUUACAACCCGCCUACGAUGCCAUGGUUGACUUGCAGAAAGCUCUGCUAAAAUUGGACGAGACGAGCUGCAGCAAGAUCAGGACGAAGGUGAAUGCUUUGGACGAACGAAUCAAAGAGGCCGUGUGGGAAUUCGAGGAUUUACUCGAAUCUCAUGUGUAUCAACAGAUUCUUCCACAACUCGAAGGUCACUAUUCAUUCUCAGUAGAUCUGCUGAGUCUCCGACAGAGUGUUGAUUGCUUCAUCCAGAGGGUGGCUGUGAUGGAGGCGGAGUUCGAUACGGAACUGCUCAAUAUGCCUGAAGAAGAAGGUGAACCUCUUUCCUCAAGAAUUGAUUUUCAUGGAAUCGACUCAAACAUGGUUGGAUUAUCCCAAGAAUUUGAGAACUUAAGGGAUUAUCUUCUUCAUAAAAUGGAAGGGAAGUACUUUGAAAUAACGGGGAUGGCAGGGGUCGGAAAGACAACAUUUGCUAAGAAAUUAUUUGACGAUCCAUCACUUAAGAGUCAUUUCGAGCUUCGAGUAUGGGUUAAAGUGGGCAGAAAAUGUGAAUGUAAUGAAAUAUUACGAUGCAUUCUAGCUCAAGUGGAUCGCGACCAAAAGCUUACCCAAGGAGACGAAGACGGCGAUAAGAAAUUAGUUGGACUCUUGGAAGAGAGGUUGAAGGAUAAGAAAUGUUUCAUUGUGUUGGAUGAUGUAUGGAAAUGGGACGCGCAAGUUAUGGAUAACUUGUCACAAGAUAAUGUCCGAAUCUUGAUAACAAGCAGGGAAAAUUUAGAAGAAUGCCAAAUCGGGUGUACACUACGCUUGUUGAACGAAGAAGAAAGUAAGAAAUUACUUGGCAAGAAGGUGUUCGGUGAAGAUGGUUUUCCUCCUCACCUUGAUGAAUUAGGAGAGAAGAUUGCCAAAAAGUGUGAAGGUCUUCCACUUAUGAUAGUCAUAGUUGCAGAGUUCCUAUCUAAAGAAGAAACAACCAAAGAAUAUUGGACUGAGGUAACUGAAAGACAACAUAAUUCAGUAUUCGUGGAUGCAUAUGAUAAUAUCGCAGAGUUGAGUACUGAGGGGUUUCUUGAAUCUUUUGGUAAACAAAUUUUGGGUGAUAUUUUGGAUGGAGAAACUUUUGAUUAUCUUUUGCGCGAAUGUCUGGCACACCUUGCUUCCCGGUACCACCUCAUUUUACUCAAUCUCACUUUACAUUCUUGGUUUUCAAAGCAAAUGUGUCGUGUGCAUUCUUGUUGGCAGCACUUUUGUAAGAAAGAAGCAACUCGGAUUAAGUUUUUGCAUGUUUUACAAAGCUAUGAUGAUGUUGUGAAAGAUCAACGUCGGUUGUGUGCCCAUUGCAUCUCUUUAUUUUCCUUCGAAGAAGUGUGUGAAAAUAUAAAAAAUGAUUGUGCAUCCAAUGUGCGUUCUCUCCUUUGUGUUGGUCCUUACCACGAAUAUGCUAUGCCAAUACAUGUAAUGGAUUUCAAGUUGCUCAAGGUACUAGAAACUGGAAGUGUCCGAUUUUAUCAUUUCCCACUUGAAAUAUUCAAACUAAUUUGUCUAAAGUACCUUUGCCUAACCUGCAACAAAGAUAUCCCGGUUUCUAUAUCCAACCUUUUUCACCUUCAAUUCUUGAUUAUCUAUCCACAUAUGAAAAUUAAAAAACAUGGAGCUCUGUCAUGUAUGCCAGUGGAAGUAUGGGACAUGCAAGAACUACGAUAUGUUAACGUGUGGGGAAAAGACCUACCGACCCCUGAUUCUUCUAUUGCUGCAUUGGAUAGACUUUUCGGUCUUUAUGGUGUGAGUGCAAAGAGUUGCACAAGAGAAAUUCUCAAGAGAAUCCCUUAUUUAAAGACUUUAGAGAUUGUGGUAGAAUUGCAUCCUUCUGACGAAGAUGAUGAUAGAAACACAUUGAGUAACUUGGGUUAUAUAUCAGAGGAACUCAGGUAUCUGGAAAUGAUUCAUUAUAUUGUGACAUAUCCUGAUAUUAAGCGUGAGUUUAUGGUUCCUCUUUCAAUGUUCCCAUCAAGUCUGAGAAGGUUGGAUUUGAGAGGCUUGGGGUGUCCAUGGAAGCACAUGAAUGACAUUGGUUCGAUGCUACCAAAUCUUGUGCAUCUCGCUUUAAAUGGCUAUGCCUUUCGAGGCCCCGAGUGGAAUAUAGAAUCAGGGAGUUUUUUGAAACUUGAGGGAGUUGAAAUUGAGGACACUGAUUUGGUGCGAUGGAGAGCUCAGCGAGGAAGUCUCCUAAGCCUUAACCUCCUAAGCAUUCGUCAUUGCUACAAAUUACAACAACUCAAUUGGACGCGUGAUCCCUCAAUGGUUGCCACUGCAAUUGAGUUAGUUGAGUGCAAUCCCUUAGCCGUCGCUUCUGCCAUGCAAUUAAAGCCUGAAUAUAUGUUUCAAAUUCGUUCUCACUCUUCUUUUUGAUAUCAAGGUUAAUAGGUUAGUCUUCCUAUUCCCUUUAAUUUUCACAAAACCACAUGAAUUCACUUAUUUCAUAACUUAAAAUGCUUGUGCUUGUAAGUGUUCUGGUUAUAUUGUAUUGCAGAUGUGUGUUUUAGGUUGUUGGUUGCUUUUGUUCUUACUAGUUCAUCUAUUAAUGAGAUUCUGAUCUCUCAAAUGGGAGAGGUUUAAAUUCACGUAACAUGUUUUGAAUAUUUAUAACGAUCACAUGUUAUAUUAAUUUAGUAGUAUCAUUUUUUAGGAAAUGUGAGGGCAAAAGUUGCCAGAUAGCAAGGUAUGAUUUAUUUCAAUUGUAUUAGUAUCAGCAUGUUUUUUCUUAAGAUAAGCAUAUUGAUUUGUUGGAUUUUGUUGAGGUUUAUAAAACCCAAAUAAAAUUACUGUAACCGACACUUCUGUGAGUUAAUUUGUGUGAAAAAUACUAAAGACAACCGUGGUAAAGUUUCAUAGAAAUUAGGAAACAAUAUGUGAUAAAUAAGUAGGAAAAUAUAUUUGAUUAUGUUUUAGCAUGUUGGUUUGCAUGUUGUAGAAAACUCACUACAAGAGCAAUGUUACUCCCUGCGACCACAAUUAUGUGUCUCACAUUUCCUUUUUUCGUCCGUCUACAAUUAAGUGUCUCAUUUACUUUUUACUACUUUUGGUAAUGGACCACACAUUUCAUUAACUCGUCUCACUCACAUUUCAUUAUAAAACUAGCUUAAGUGUUCACAUUAAUUAUGUAGGAGUUUAUUCACUUCUAAUUCAAAAAAUGGUUGACAUACUAGAGAAAGAGUGAUAAGCUUAUUUGUGUCACCUAUUUUCGAUCAAAUUCAAUAGAUAAAAUGGAACUUAUCCGCAUGUAAAGAUGCUUUUGUUGCAGGGCCUAAGUUAAACAAUGAAGGGAUUUCCAAUUGUGAUUGAGACAAAGUUACUUAUCUUAGAGCGCGUUACCUGCUCACAUGUGCCGCGCGCGUGGUUACUGUUCUGCGGUUGGGAGGAAGUAUUUAAUAAGAAACUGUAUCACAAACAAAGAUAUUCGAAAGGAGGACCGAUGACAAUGCCCAACUAACCGUAGAUGUCAGGAUAACAUUAAGCUUUGCCUUGUUAUACUUAUUUAGGAUUGUUGGUUGUUAGUACUGAUCAAAUGUGUGUGCUAAUCAAUUCUGCCUAUUUGUUGGCUUAUUUGUAUUGCAAUUUGCUUCCUUAUCUAUGCUAUACUUUUUUGCUUUUUCCUCA